AUGGCGAGUCCUGUGGAGGACCGCAAGACCCUCCAUGUCCCGGAGCAUAGAGAGGGAGUAUCAAAUUCCGACGAAGUAUCACCUCUCUCCGAUGACGGCACGUACGUUCACGAAUCAUCCGCUGGCCCGAGAAAUCGGCUACGAGUCGAUACUACUACGAUACAAGAUGAGGAAGGACGCCCAAUAAUGAGUACACCUUCUGCACGUCGCGAAGAAGCAACUCGUUUGGAGGAUGAUUUAUUACUAUUACAAGCGGAGCGCGUGGCAUCCCGGUCAACGCAAGGACCCGAUGAUGGGGAAGCUUCGUUAAGCCGGACCAGAUCAAGACGCACAGAAGUGAUUGAUGAAUUCGAUGAAGCUACGAACCCUCUUCAUGAAAAAGCAGCUGUGUAUAGCCCUCCCGAGAACCCGCAGACAGAGCUUUCUGCCUUUGUGAAGAAGAUACACCAGUCCAGCUUUAUUGUUCGAUAUCUUACAUACAUCUUACCUGUGGUUAUACUUUUGUUAAUUCCUCUGCUUCUCGGAGCUCUCAAGUUUCAGGAUACCGGCGUUGGCGGUGUCAGAUUAAUGUGGUUCGCAAUCUGGCUGGAAAUUUUCUGGCUAACGCUUUGGGCUGGGCGAAUUGCCAGUAAGGCUCUGCCAGCAGUGGUCAGCAUAGUCGCUAGCAUUUUCACCAAUAAUGCGAAGAAAUGGCGCGAUAUGGCGAAGCAAUUGGAGGUUCACUUUGCGCUCUUCUUGUGGUGGCUCGGUGUUGAGAUCUCGUUUCUACCCACUAUGACGAAUCAUCAUGUGGAUGGUACGAAGGGAACCAAGAGCUGGGAAGUAACCUUUAACAAGAUUAUCAUCACGAUCUUUGUGUGGACAAUUCUCAAUCUGAUCGAGAAAGUUAUCAUUCAGCUCAUUGCUAUCAGCUUUCACCUGCGCACUUACGCCGAUCGAAUCGAGAUCAAUAAGUUUCAAAUCGGUAGCUUGACCAAGCUAUACAGUUGGUCUCGUGCUCGUAUUGAGGAAACCGAUGAGGCCUUUCAGGAGAAAGAACCCGAGGAGAAUACAACUAGUACCAAAACCCCACUUCACUAUGCUGGCAAGGCCGCUGGUAAGGCGCAUCGCAAAGCAAAGGGCGCUGUCAAGAAGGUCGGAAAUAAGGUCGGCGAUGUGGCUGGGGCUGUUGCUGCAGAUUUCACUGGUCGGACAACUACUAGGAGCAGUGAUCCCUACCAAGUCAUUCUCACCCUGUUGCGUACAACAUCUGGGUGUCAGGUCCUUGCCCGUCGUCUUUACCGCACUUUUGUCCGCGAUGGCUUUGACACUGUGUUCUCGGGCGACCUAAAGGAGGCUUUUGAGAAUAACGAAGAAGCCGAGGCCGCUUUCGUUAUGUUUGAUCGUGAUAUGAAUGGCGAUAUUUCCAUGGAGGAGUUGGAGGCUGUCUGUGUGGAUAUUGGACGCGAGCGCAAAUCUAUCACCGCAUCAUUGAAAGAUCUGGACUCGGUGGUGUCUAAGCUCGACAAUGUCUUCAUGUUCUUUGUCAUUAUCAUUAUUAUUAUCGUGUUCUUGUCGCUGAUCUCGACCUCAGCAGCUGGUGUUCUGACUUCAGCUGGAUCAAGUAUUCUCGCUCUUUCUUGGCUAUUCUCUGCGACCGCCCAGGAAUUCCUUCAAUCCGUGAUUUUCGUCUUCGUCAAGCACCCCUUCGAUGUUGGCGACCGUGUGACUGUCUAUGGAAACUCCGGCGAUUCAGGCCUCGGUGAUGAUUACUUCGUCAAGGAGAUCACUUUGUUGUAUACUGAGUUCAAAAAGAUGCAGGGUCAUGUUGUCCAGGCACCAAACAGCUACCUGAACGGGCUCUUCAUUCUGAAUCAGCGUCGCUCUGGUGCACUGGCCGAGGCUAUUCCCAUCAUCAUCAAAUACGGCACAACAAUUGACCAAAUUGAUGGCCUUCGCCAGCGUCUCUUGGAAUUCGUACGCAGCGAGAAGCGUGAUUUCCAAAGCAACAUCUUGACCGAGUUGCGCGCUGUGACCGAGAACUUCUCUUUGACUCUCAACGUUGUCUUUUUCUACAAAUCGAACUGGCAAAAUGAAGGUCUCCGUCUGCAGCGUCGCAACAAGUUCAUCUGCAUGCUUAUGAUCGCCCUUCAGGAGAUUGGCAUCGAGGGUCCUCGCAUGAACCUCCAGGGUGCCAAUGUGGACAUCCCCUUCCACGUCAACUACGGUACGCCUAUGGUCGCCCCAACACCAAAGCACGAAGGUCCCACCGAUGCAGAGGAAAUUCCAAUUGGCGAGGACUUUAGUGCUCUUCAUGAGAACACCGCUAUGACAAGCGGAAGCACGGCGCGUCAUCCCUCGAUUCUACGCAAGGGAAUGAACACCGCCGCCGCCCGAGCCCGUGGUGCGUCCACAUCCCGUAAACACGUGGAUUUCUCCUCGGGUAUGUCCAAUAUGUCUUCGCACGAUAUCAUGGGUGAUGUUUUCGAAGAUCGCGGUGUACGCAUUGACGAUGUCGUCCGCACUACAAACCGGGAAGCGGCUGAGCGCCGUAUGCAGGAGGUAGCCGAGGAAGAAGAAGAACGUCGUAGCCAGACAUCAUCGUCCCAGCGUCGACGACCUUCAAACCUUAGUGCCCCUUCUGAACCUCGCCAGUCUACCGAUGCACAUAGUUAUCGCAGCGGCGGCUCGUCGACGAGGAACCGCUUCUUCCGUCAUCGUAGCAGUAUGAGCGUCGAUCAUGGAGAUGUGGAGCAGGGCGUUGUCGAGCAGUCCCCCCCUCCUACGAAAAAUGAUUAA